CGGCGGCGCGGCCUGAGAGCUCGCUCGCAAAGCUGGGGAUGCGGAGGCGGAUGGCCGGGGACCGGAGCCGGCGCUGGGCUUCCGGACGGCAGUGAUCUGGGGCGGCCUGCGCGCGCCAGGGCUGCGAGAGGCGCUGCGGAGCUCCACUGCUCCGCGGGGCCGCGGUCUACCGCCUCGCUUCAGCCUGUGUCGGCGCCCACUCCUUCCCGCUGUCCCUUAGAGGGCCAGGCUGGCUCCCCAGCUUCUAGUUCCAUGUUCUGGGCGAGCGUCGUAGCGCGCUCAGUCAAAAUGCCUCGUGUAAAAGCAGCUCAAGCUGGAAGACAGGGCCCUGCAAAAAGACAUCUUGCAGAACAAUUUGCAGCUGGGGAGGUAGUAACUGACAUGGCAAAAAAAGAAUGGAAAGUAGGAUUACCCAUUGGCCAAGGUGGCUUUGGCUGUAUAUAUCUUGCUGAUACAAAUUCUUCAAAAUCGGUUGGCAGUGAUGCACCCUGUGUUGUAAAAGUGGAACCCAGUGACAAUGGACCUCUUUUUACUGAAUUAAAGUUCUACCAGCGAGCUGCUAAACCAGAGCAAAUUCAGAAAUGGAUUCGUACCCAUAAACUGAAGUACCUGGGUGUUCCUAAGUAUUGGGGGUCUGGUCUACAUGAUAAAAAUGGAAAAAGUUAUAGGUUUAUGAUAAUGGAUCGCUUUGGGAGUGACCUUCAGAAAAUAUAUGAAGCAAAUGCCAAAAGGUUUUCUCGGAAAACUGUCUUGCAACUAAGCUUAAGAAUUCUGGAUAUUCUUGAAUAUAUUCACGAGCAUGAGUAUGUACAUGGAGAUAUCAAGGCCUCAAAUCUUCUUCUGAGCUACAAGAAUCCUGACCAGGUGUACUUGGUAGAUUAUGGCCUUGCUUAUCGGUACUGCCCUGAUGGAGUUCAUAAAGAAUACAAAGAAGACCCCAAAAGAUGUCAUGAUGGCACCAUUGAAUUCACCAGCAUUGAUGCACACAAUGGCGUGGCCCCAUCACGACGCGGUGAUUUGGAAAUACUUGGUUAUUGCAUGAUCCAGUGGCUGACUGGCCAUCUUCCUUGGGAGGAUAAUUUGAAAGAUCCUAAAUAUGUUCGAGAUUCCAAAAUUAGAUAUAGAGAAAAUAUUGCAAGUUUGAUGGACAAGUGUUUUCCUGAGAAAAACAAACCAGGUGAAAUUGCCAAAUACAUGGAAACAGUGAAAUUACUGGGCUAUACUGACAAACCUCUUUAUCAAAAUUUACGAGAUAUUCUUUCACAAGGACUGAAAGCUAUAGGAAGUAAAGAUGAUGGCAAACUGGACCUCACUGUUGUGGAGAAUGGCGGUCUGAAAGCAAAAACAAUAACAAAGGCUUCUUCCCUGCCAGAGAAGAAACGAAAUCAUAGGUCCUGGUUUUGCGAAAGAAAGAAAUUGAAGAAAGCCCAGAAUCUACUGUCGAAGAUAUGGAAUGCUCAAAUACACAGACAGAGGAGGGCACACAAACCCGUUCAAGAACCAGGAAGAGAGUCCAGAAGUAAUUCAAAUGCUGUGAAUUUGAUGUUUUCUCUUCUUUCUUUUCUUCCUUUUCACUUGAUUUUUUUUCUCUUUUGCUGUUUGAAAUGUUUUAUUUUCAUGACAGCCUUGUGGGAUGGGAAUAAUAAUUAAAUACCAUUGUCUUCAGAAAACAUAAGAUUUUUUUAUUCAAAUUCUUUGUACAAUUUAUUAAAGACUAAUUUAUGAAAUU